AUGGAAAACCAGAGUAGUGACGACAGGGUGAUAGAUGGCAAAUGGUUACACGAAAACGGAGUGCCCGAUAUAGAGGAGAACGGAGUGCCCGUUAUAGAGGAAAACGGAGUGCCCGUUAUAGAGGAGAACGGAGUGCCCGCUAUAGAGGAAAACGGAGUGCCCGCUAUAGAGGAAAACGGAGUGCCCGCUAUAGAGGAGAAAGGAGUGCCCGUUAUAAAGGAAAACGGAGUGCCCGUUAUAGAGGAGAAAGGAGUGCCCGUUAUAAAGGAAAACGGAGUGCCCGUUAUAGAGGAGAAUGGAGUGCCCGUUAUAGAGGAGAAUGGAGUGUCCGUUAUAGAGGAGAACGGAGUGUCCGUUAUAGAGGAAAACGGAGUGCCCGCUAUAGAGCAGAAAGGAGUGCCCGUUAUAGAGGAAAACGGAGAGCCCGCUAUAGAGGAAAAUGGAGUGCUCGCUAUAGAAGAGAAAGUAGGGCCCGCUAUACAGGAAAACGGUGCCCGCGAUAGAGGAAUACGGAGUGCCCGCUAUAAACUGCGACCUUUCACAAUUACUGAUAAGCUCUUUCUUCUAUUUUAA